GGGCCCCUGCUCUGUGGAAUGAUUUCCUUUUAGACUGUCCCGUUAUCUUUUAGCUGGCAGGACAUUCUUCUCCCUCCCUUCUUUGCUGAAAACUACUCUUUUUGCUUCCACUCCCCCCUUCUUACUCUUCUUAAACACACACUCACUCACACACACACACACACACACACUUCACUGGCCAUACUGCCAAAAAAGUCCAUCCUCCGCCCUCCCCUGCUAACUUCCUUUCAGCAUUUCCUGAACUGGAUAAUCCCAGAAUUUGUAAAAGCAGAGGAAAGGGGAGAGUGAGAGAGACUGCAUUAAGGAAGAAAGCCAAUUCCUUGUUCUCCUAAUACUGUCCGAUAACCCUAAAACAGAGUAAAGGGUUUAAAAUGUAGAGCCUACAUAGAUUUGUAGCUCUUCAUCAGUUUUGUAUUUUUCUCUUUUUCUCUCUCUUCCUUUUUUACAAGUUCAUUGGGAAAAAAUGGAUUUGGAGUGUCUGGUUUUUUUUCUAUGAAAGACCCAGCUUGAUUUAAUUUGAAAGCCAGCUUCAUUUGAUUUGUUGGGAUGCAUCAGCAACGAAGAACCUCAGCCAAAAUCUGAUCUCUGUUGCCAGUUGUGCUGGAGACACUGGUUUCUUGACUCCCUCAUAGAGAACCAUCCUGAACUUGGGCUACAAACUAUAUGCUGCUUCCUGCUGGAGAUCUCUGUAUGUACUGAUUGUUCCCUUCUACAACAGCCUUAGUUGUAACAGCUUAACAUCUGUUGGAGAUUAAUGUUGAGGCAUCCGGCUGAAAGUUCUUCUGGGCUUUCAAUGUUGCUGACCAGAAACGGGACACAAACAGCACAAAUCUAAGAAUAAGAGGGGAGAGCUUUUAACUUAUUUGGUGUAAAAAGGGGGGUGGGGGGAAGGAAGGAGGGGUAAUCCUCUUUUUUGGAACUAACUCAUGAAGAACAAGGCAGGAAAGCUGAAACUCAAGAGGAAAGGAGCCACGAACGUCUUUGGCUGUGAGCUGAGUGAAUAUCUGGAGAGUUCUGGACAAGAUGUUCCUAUAGUACUGAAGAGCUGCGCAGAGUUCAUUGAGACUCAUGGAAUUGUGGAUGGAAUUUAUCGGCUUUCUGGUGUGACAUCCAACAUUCAGAAACUGAGACAAGAAUUUGGAUCAGAUCAAUGCCCAGACCUGACUAGGGAAGUUUACCUACAAGAUAUUCAUUGUGUUGGAUCACUUUGCAAGUUAUACUUCAGGGAACUGCCAAAUCCUCUUCUCACAUAUGAACUUUACAAGAAAUUCACGGAAGCAGUCUCGUGCAUCUCUGAGAAAGAGCAGUUGGCCCAGAUUCAAAAUGUUAUCCAGGAACUUCCACCCUCACAUUAUAGGACCUUGGAAUACUUAAGCAAGCACCUGGCACUUCUGGCAUCCUUCAGCGGCAUGACCAACAUGCACACUAGAAACCUGGCUUUAGUGUGGGCACCUAAUCUCCUUAGAUCAAAGGAGACUGAGGCAGAGGGCUGCAAUGGAGCUGCAGCUUUUUUGGAAGUGCGAGUCCAACAGUUGGUGAUAGAGUUCAUAUUGAACCAUGUGGAUGAGAUCUUCAGUGAGAACAUUUGUGUCCGGCCAAAGGAUAAUGAAAACAAUGAAGAGAAUAAACCUGUGAUGAAGAGCCUAACUUUACCUUCCACUUCUCUGCCAAUGAAGCUGGUGAGCUUGGAAGAAGCUCAGGCCAGAAGCCUCUCAGCCUGUCACCCUGCCCGCAAAGAGCGAAGGGAGAACAGUUUGCCAGAAAUUGUUCCAGCCACGGGCUCCUUUUACCAUACCGUCCUUGAUUUACCAGACAGCAAGAGAAAAUUAUCCACAAAGUCCAAGAAAUGGAAGUCUAUUUUUAAUCUGGGCCGGUCAGGAUCAGAAGCUAAGACUAAACUGAGCCGCAAUGGAAGCGUGUUUGUUCGAGGACAAAAAAUCUCUGAGAAAGCAACCAUUCGACCAGCUAAAAGCAUGGACUCACUUUGUUCACUUCCAGUAGAAGGAGAGGAUGAAAAAGGUCAUUUCAAGCGCACAAUCACGAGUGGAGGGUUUUUUAUUCCAAUGAUGAAACAACGACUGGGGGGACCUAGCAGCUCAUUUGACCUCAACAAACAAGACACAGAAUGGGAUCUCAAAGGUGCCAUGAAAGGAGCAGAGGGAGGAGCAGAGGACAAUGCAGAGAAUCAUGUUCCACGGCCAACUCAAAUGAAACCACUUCCUGAGCAACUGAAGGUAUUCCGUGCCACUGAAGACCCUGAGAAUGAGCAAACUUCCCCAAAGAUGUGCCGUAUGUUCUAUAUGUCAAAUGAUGGGACAUCAAAUUUGGGAUUCCAUGGGACCCUAUUCCCCCUGGAAGCCUCUCCCCGUCACCAACAUAAAGCCUUGAAUAUCUCAGAGCCCUUUGCUGUCUCGGUACCCCUUCGAGUAUCUGCAGUCAUCAGUAUCAACAGUACACCUUGUCGGAUGCCUGUCAAAGACAAAGCAGCUUUCUCUGGCCUUCAAGAAUCUUCUUUUCUGGGAAAAGAAAGUGUUAUUUCUUCAGUUCCCGAAGAUGACAACCAUGACCAAUUAGACCCUGUCGCAGUCAAGGAGGAAAAGAAGCCUGAGUCCAAAUUCAUAACAGAUUCUACUACUGAGAAAAUAGCCAUUGUUAAGAAGCUGGAGUCUGUAAGUAUUCCUCAAGUAACAGUCAAUGCCCAGGAGACAAAAAGUGGAAGCAACAACUGCAGCCAACCUUUAAAAGAUAAGCUCGCCCUGGAACAGAACCCUCUGGUUAUGAUCCUUGCAAGCCAGCCGCAGACAGAGAAAGCAAGUCAAGACCAGUUUGGGAUUAAGGAUAUGUCAGAGCAAAUUUCCUGGCCACCGGAGCUAUCAAUAGAUAAAACAGAAGAUAAAUCACAUCUAAAGGAAUUGGUGGUGGAUGAUCAUUCCAACAUUGUGAUGAAACCACUGUGGCCAGAUAUUCCACAAGAGCUGAAAAUUGUUGAGUCUGAAGAGGAGUUUUUGUGUACUGGAAGUGCUCUAAAGACAGACGAACAACAACAAUGGGAGUUUAAACCAGGACUUCCAUCUAUUGCAUCUUCAGAAGCAAAGAGUUUAGUGUGCAGUUCUCUUCUGCUACCAACUCUCCCCAAAGAGGAAAACCUAACUGAAGGUCCAUUGGCUAUAUCUGACAUUCUUUCCAAAGAAUCAAAAGAGGUACAACUUUGCAACUCUGAGCCAUUCAGAAAGCAGAGUAGUAUUUCUUUCACCUCAGUGAAGCUGCAAAAUAUUCCAUGUUCAAAAAAUAGCCCACAAGAUGAUGACACAAAAAAUGACCUCCCGUCUCAAUCCCCAAAUUGGAAGUUUCCAUCAGAACUAAAAGAAAACACAGCUUUUGCAACAGACAAGCCAUCAUAUUCCAAAGAAAAUAACUUAGAUCAGCCAGAAUGUGAAAGUAAGAAUUGGCUUCUUCAAAGAGAGAAAAAAGUUGAAACAACCAAGUUAGAAAAAAGCACUGCCACAUAUUCAGAGAGAGUUCUAGCCAAUUCAAAGAUUCAAUGUAGAGCUGAAGUCCCAUGGGUCAAAAAGGGCAGAAUAAAUGAUCAAAACUCUGCUAAUCAACAGGAGGAAGAUACACGGAGUGACCAUGUCCAUAGUUUAGAAUUGCUAGAGCCAUGGGAAGAUCAUCAAUGGGUCACCAGUCCCCUUCAUUCUCCUACCUUGAAAGAAACUCAAGGGAAGGCACUUCAGGAGUUUCAGCCCCAGAACCAAGGAAUGGCCCAAAGCCAUUUCAAGAAACCAUGUUUCAGUCGUAGCUUUUCCUUAGAUAGUAAAGAUUUUUUGAAAGCUCAUUGGGCUAUAGAAAUACCUUUAGCUAAUGCACAUGAGGAACAGCUUUGUGGUGACCUAGAACAAGGAAUGAAGGAAUAUUCACCGGGACAGUGGAAAGAAAGUUUUCAGAAAGCUGAAGCCUGGUUGAAUUGUUUAAAGGAAACUUCAAACUUACAUGAAACAAACACGAAAUAUCUAAGUCAUGAAGCAGGCUUUGCAGCAACGGAGUUGCCUUCUGGUCUUGAAGGAUUGCCUAACGUUGCCUGCAAAGCAUUGGUUAAGAAGGAAGUACCUAAAGAUGAAAAAAUUCAAGAAAACAUGAAGCUAGAUUCCCCUUUGUCACAAUUUAACACUGAGGUCAGUUUAUUAAAUUCAAACUGCACUGGAAAGCAGGCAACAAAUAUUCAACAGAACGACAGACCUGGAGUUCCUGUUAUGAAAGGACCAUGUUGUACUAAAGAGCUGCAGAUCAAUAAAGGUGAAGACAUUCCAUGUAAAGGAAAGCCAAGGCCCUCUUCUCUCAACCUGGAUUCUGUCCUUCCACUCGCCUGCCUUUUUAAUUUUGACAACUUGUCUUUCCCCUCUUCACCCAGGCACGUUGUCUGCGUGCAGAAAGAAGCUAAGUCUAGUGAUUCUGCACCAUCCCUUCCUGUUGCUUGUCCAAAUGAAAAUAAAACUGACCUUUGGGGGUCCCACUUUGAUCCUCAAGACUUAGACUUAGAAUACAUAAUGAUGGCUCACGCCACCACUGGUCGUCGCAAUUCUGCCCCUGUAAGUGUUUCAGCAGUAAGAACAUCUUUCAUGGUUAAGAUGUGUCAGGCUCGAGCUGUGCCAGUAAUUCCACCAAAGAUUCAAUAUACCCAAGUUCCCCAGCCUUUGCAGGCACAAAACCCCAACUGCAGAAUCUCAGUGGCAUCAGAGAAUAAAGAAACAGAAGCCAAGAAAAGUCUAAUCAAGCCCAUUCAAAAUGCUCAGGGUCAGCUGCAACUGCCAAAGAGUCCACCACUCGAUGGGAUGAUGGGGAAAGAAAACAACAGUACACUCAUUUUGGAUUCAGCUGCAGCUAGAAAAGCUGAACCACCUUUUUCCAAUCAUAAUACUACUCAGGAAGCACCAGUUCUUCGGCGAAAGAGAACCUCUGAAGGAGAAACCACUGGAGAUACUCCACAGUCCUCAAAAAUGGAGAGGCCAUCCGGGGUUUCUAAGCCUUCUUACAGAUCUAGACCAGGAAGACCUCAGAGCCUUAUUCUAUUUAGUCCUCCCUUUCCUAUCAUGGACCAUCCCUCUUCUGCAGACUCUAGAGUAUUAUCUCCCAUAAGAAGCCCUACGCAGACCCCUUCUCCAAGUCCAAUUUUGAAUGAUUUAUUAGGGGCAGCCCCAGGGGCAGGUGUCACUCUUCGUAACAAGAUGACUAUUCCAAAGAAUGGCCAAAGACUAGAGACAUCUACAAGUUGCUUUUACCAACCACAGAGGAGGUCUGUAAUUCUGGAUGGAAGAAGCGGGCGCCAGAUAGAAUAAUGUCUUUCAAUAUCUCUUCCCUGGUGGAUGAGAUAUACUGGUAACACUGAGAACUAUGAAUAUGAUGCUAUUAUUGCUAAAUGCUUAUUACUAAAACAGUAAUUGUUGAUUUCAACAAUCCUUAAUUUUAUACUUUGUCACAUUUAAUAGAUGAAAUUAUCCCACAGGUGAAAGCAACAUUUUACUGCAAGGAAAGGCUGAGGUAAAAGUUGUCUAGAAAUGUAUUCCUUUAUAAGACACUCUCAUGCUUCUGCUUCCCACCAACAGACAUGAAUCGUCUCAGCUAAUGUUCCUUUCCAUGAUCUUGCUUAUUGCCUAUAAUGUUGAAAUUCUAUAAUGUUGAAAUGCUAAGUAUUGGGGAUUCCAGUCCUGAUAUGUAUUAAGAACAGCAGACCUGCUCCAUGCAUCUAUAUUCAGACCUACAAGGAGCAUUGUCCAAAGAAUAAUGUGCACACUGGGCGCACAAAUAAGUGGUGAGAGAGGAAUGCUGAUGUGUUUGAGUGAAACCUAUUUUGAUAAGCUAUUAUUACUAAAAACACCAAUUAUAUCUUACAUUUCUCUAAAUGGUUGAUGGACUUUAAUACUGAUUAUAGAAGAUUGUACAAAUAGUCAUACAGUAUGAAAUAUCUGCUCUGUCAAUGAUUAGAAGACUUAGUGGUGUAAUAGAAAGGAUUGAACCUGCUCCAAAUUAUUUUCAUCCUCCUCCAAAAGCACUAAUUUGUAGCAGUGUCACUUUUGAUAGCUGCUAAAUGGAGUGAUAGGGUAGUCAUAAUAAGCUUCAAUCCAUUUAUUAGAACAUUAUAGUGUACUGAUGUUUAUUGAAGAUAUUAUAAUAUUAUUUUCUCUACCCCAGCCCCAGAGUGGCUGCUUUGCAAAUGAGACUGAAUUUAAGUUGCUACCCAACUUGCAUCAAUAAGUGGCACAAAGUAAAUUUCAAUUAGCAAAUAAAUUCCAGCCCAAAUGUCUGGUUGCAAGUUAUUAAAUCAGAAUUGGGGAUGUGAAGAUCUACCAAGAAUGACAUACAUGUGUUAGAUUUUGUUUUUUCCUUGACUCUCAAUAUCAUAGACUAGAACCACAUAUUCACAAAACACAGUUGAACUAGAGCUAGGAUAGAAAAUAUGUAGACAAGUGACUUUGUUGUGAAAAUAUGUGACAAGUGACUUUGGUAUACAUAUAAGAUAUUGAAAUGACAUAUAUUGUAAUUUCACUAAUACUUAUUUUGAUAGAUGUACUUCUACCUAGAAUUCCAACUUUGAUUUUGAGAAUAAGUUGCUUCAAAAUGAGCACCUCUUACUUUUGAAAUCCCUGUUUCCUUUUUUUUACUUUUCAAUAAAAUUUAUGUAAGGCAAUUUGAAAUAAUAGCGAAAGAGGAUUGGCAGUUCUAAAACAUUGUGGUUCUCUCUUUAUAACAGAGUAAUGGAUGACACAGUCUUUAUUUGUACAUUGUUAUUAACAAAAAAACAUUAUUUUAAUUGAAGAGAAUUUAAUUGAAGAGAAAUUCAGCUAAAGACGAUUGGAAUGCUAUGGAUUUUAAAGAUUUUUAAGAUUCAUUUUGAGAAUAAAUCAGUUUCUCCAUUUUUUGAAACAGAACAAGAGGUUCUGCUUUUUGCAUCCUUAGAUUAGGUCAAGGCUUGGAAUGCUGCUUAUAAGAGUUGGCAAAGAAGGAAAAGAAAAAAAAACCAGUGUCCUUAUAAUGCCCAAGGAAAGAAGGAAGGGCACUGUGGGCUAUCAUUUUUGGUGGAAGAAAGAAUAGGUUAAUGGAGUGAAGCAGAGUGCUGAACUAGAAGGAGUUAGUACGUUAUACCAUUUCUGGGAAACAAAAAUAAUUUACUUGCUCAUUGAAUGGUAUCUAGAGAGAAAGAAAGAUUUGCAGUAGUUACCUGUGGGAUGGUUUGUUCUUUUGCUUAAGUAAUGCCUAGGAUUUGCUUUAAGCAAAGUAUAUUGACUAUUUUCCUAGUGACAGAUAUAUUUUCUAAAAGUGUGCUAUAGAAAUAUAUUAAAAUGCAGUAUAAUUAAGACCUAAGAAGCUGUCUCUAAAUAGCAGUGCAUCUCUGAUUCUUGGACAAAGCCAGUGUUUAGAAAUUAGGCUUUGUUGCAAACUCCUCUUGUGUAGGUUUCCCACACUUUUGAUAGAGAAAGAUCAUCAAUUGCUCUGUCAGCUAAAUGUGGAGUCUGUCCUUCCUGAUUUUUUUCCCCCUGCAAUUGUUCUUCAUAUCAACACAGGACUUUACCAACUAUUGCUAAGCUUAUCUGAAACAGAUCUCACUCAAAAAAAGUAAUUCCAAUUAUUUCAUGGCAAUGGUCCCUGGGGUGAUGGUGGUGAAGAAUUGUUUCAUGAGAUGAGAGAUAUGAUUAAGAAGCUAGGAAAGUGCCUGUAUGUCACUUUGCAUCCUUAGCACUGUUUUGCUUCAAUUUCUUGUCAGUUUCAAUUCUUGGGUGCGUGCACGCACACACACACACACACACACACACAAUUUCAGUUGAGAUUAGGAAAAUCAUGGGCAAAUCUUUAAAAUGGAUGGGAUUCUUCUUCCAUUGUAUUCUAAAAGAAAGGCUUAACUUUGUGGGGGAGAGUUGGGGACAGUGGUGGGUUUCUACUGGUUCGCUCUGGUUCAGGCGAACUGGUAGUGGCAGAGAUGGGAGGCUCUGCCCACCCACCUAGAUGUCAUCAUGGAUGCUCUGCGCAUGUGCAGAACGUUCUGUGCAUAUGCAGAAGCACCGCGUGUGAGCAAAGCAAGCACACGCGGGCACUCCCAGUUCCAAACUGGUAGCGAAGGUAAAUGGAAUCCACUACUGGUUGCGAGGGGAAGGAACAGGUGAGGACUGCACUUGGUUUUUCAGUGGCAUGCUGAGACAAAACUCCAGAAGUUAGAUCAAGGAUAAACUAAAAUAAAAUUGAUUUCAUUUCAUUCAAAAGUGAAUUCGGUUAUUGGGUGGUGGUUGUUGUUUUUUUACAUGUAUUAAAUGUAAAAAUUUUCCAUGCAUUUUUUAGUUUUCUCCCUUCUUUCAUAGUAAUAAAUACAACUUGUUGGCAACUUUUGAAGGGACACAUCCACUGUAGUCAAAGCAUUCAAGGUCCCUCUAUGGCUGUAAGGUCUCAAGCUUUGCAUCUUUCCUGUAUAUGAAAAAUGCUGUAUGCCAUGUUAAAUUGCUUAUAACAUUUUAACUGUAAUUCUUUAAGAUACAAGUAUACUUUUUUCAAGAUUUGUUUCUGAUAAUUUUAUUAAAAUAAAACAAAUUUAAGUUGAGGAUAAAUCCCUGUUCCUUCCUGCCCCUUCCCCUCCCUGAAGAAAUUAUGAAUCAGUUUUUCCUAUUGCUUUCAAUUUGAGAGGAGGAAGCCAAACCCAUUAAUGUGAGCUUUGUGUGAAUGCGUUGAAUUUCACUUAAUCAUCAUGAUGAGUAUUGUUUUCAUGGAGUGCUGCUCCUCUAUUUUAGUGCUUACAUCACGUGGAAAUUUUGCCAAGUCUCAGCCAUGAGAUUAAACUGGAGUUUUUAUAAAAACAUAUGUGUGUCUUAGUGUUGUUUUGACAAUGUACAUAGUUAUUGUGUACUUGAUGAGAACAAAAGAUAUUUACUUUUGACAUUUCUAUUACAGUCUUCCUUACUUGAUAAGCUAAAUCAGGGAUGGAAAACCUGUGAACUUUCCAGAUGCUUCUGAAAUUUAAUUUCCAAAAGCCCCAAUUAAUAUCAAGUUCUGAGAAAUAUUGGUGAGGAAUCUUUCAGCAAUAUGAAGGGCUAUAAUUUCUCCAUCUUUGAAUAGCCCCAAGCAUUAAGGUUGCUCGUCACCAUCACAGGUGUUAUUAUACAAGAUCAUUGACAACCGAUCCUUUAACGAAAUUGAGAGAAUGUACAUUGUUAUUUCAUUCUCAUCUGAAAAAUAAUCUUUGGAGCAGAUUUAUACUCCAGGAAGUUGACUGAACUAUUCCAUGUGGAUGGCUCAUCUACCUGUGGGAAGCAAUCAGAAUAUUAGCGAUCACUCUGCAUCCUUUGUAACUAGUCCAAAAGUUACAGACAGACUUAAAAUUCUUGCUGAACUUCAGUCUUUUUCAUAUCUAGUAGAAGAAAAUCCAAUCUUCUGUGUUUCCAAAGCAACUUGCAUAAAUCUAACAUUACAUUUGGUAGCAGCUGGAUCUCAUAUUCUCUUACAAAGCAUCUAUCUUGACUACUGUCACCACAGGCUCAUAACUCGAAGGGAUUUAAUUCUCUUUCUAUCUCUCCUCCAGCUGCUUCCUUUUCAUUUUUCAAAAUCUAAAUGCAUUAAUUGGGAUCCUGUUCGUGUCUUUAGAUACAUUAAAAUGAAAGGCCAUUUGCAUGCAUUUUGACUGAUAUAUAACAGAAGUUAGGAUGCUUAGUCUGAUAGUUUACUUUUAAUGAUAUAUUUAGCGUGGCUAUAUAAUUAGGGAGUAAUCUGGUUUGUGCUGGAAUCAGAUCUGGGCAAUCUGCUAGUUCCCUGGAUUUGAUGGGAUUCAUGGCUUCUUCCUUAUUCAUGGAUAUACACACAAAAAAGACCUGAUAUUUUUUUGAAAUUGGAACUUUCACUAUUAUACUAUUAUACUAAAGAAAGAAUAAUAGUAUCAGCUACAUAUUUUCUCCUUCUUUGAGAAGAUCGGCAAUGUAUCAUUUAAUAUUUUAAGGGGGCAUGAAAAAUUCCAAUGAAAAGUCAGCAGUGCAGAGUUGCAAGGAGUGGAUUUGGGUGUUUUUCCGCUAUGUCUUUUGGAGGAAAUUGGGAAUGGGUCUUUAUUUUUAUAAUAUUGUUAACUGUGUAGUCAAACUUAUCAUUGUCAUGUGUUUUCUAUGGCAGAUGUUUAGUAAUAGUCCUCAAUUUAUGACUACAGCUGAACCCCAACUUCCCCUUGUUAAGCAAGACACUUUUUAAGUGAGUUUUGCCCCCAUGAUCUUUCUUGCCACAGUUGUUAAAUGAAUCUGGCUUCUCUAUUGACUUUGCUUGUCAGAAGGUCACAAAAGAUGAUCACAUGACCCCGGGACACUCUAACCAUCAUACACGCCAGCUGCCAAGCGUUCAAAUUUUGACCACAUGAUGAUGCAGAUGCUGCAAUGGAUGUAAAUGUGAAAAACAGUCAUAAGUCAUUUUUUUCAGUGCCGUUGUAACUUUGAACUGUCACUAAAUGAAUAGUUGUAUAUUCAGGGCUAUUCUGUAGUAGCAAAAAGUUCUAUUUCUCUUUAAUAGAAAUACUGUAUAAAAUGGGCAAAGCUUCUCCUUUAAUACAUUGGAAACCUAGUAGGACCCAUACAAAAUAAAUGCUCAGGACUAUAUUCUUGCACUUUCUAAAAUAGUGAAUGUUUACAGGACUACAAUAUUCAGAACAAAUUUUAAGUUAUAUCACUUAAAAAGAGCAAAAUCUGGUCUAUUAUAGGUAGUCCUUGAUUAAUAACAAUUGCUUAGUAAUCAUUCAAAGUAUUAGAUGAUUAUUUUUUUCUACAAAGAGUUGAUUCAAAACAGAGCCAAUGUUUUGGUCCCUAAUCCAUAGCCAUACACAUAUUGUUUUUGUUGAUUGAAUGGCAGUGAUGCUAGUGGAGGAAGGAAAUGCAUCAUAUCCUUUUAGCCUUAGUGAAAGUGCAAUCCAGAAAUAUUUAAUUUUAGCAAUAAGAAGGAACGUUAGCACUUCAAAGCAAAUACAGCAGCUGCUUAAUAAUAAGCCAAGGGAUAAAAGACAGAACCGGGGAUAAAAUAACAUAGCUGAGUUUUUCUGGAAAAGGAACAUUUUCUGAAAGGCAAAAGCUGAAGCAAAGAAACAAAAAACAGAUGUUGAACUCAUUUCCCACUGCUGAAAGAACUUGGGGGGGGGUGGAAAGCUUGUUUUUAAACGGGGAAGUUAAUCUCUGUCUCAGCAAAUACAACAUUCGUUUUUCAAUAUUUCAUUACCGCUACCUUAGGCAACUGAAGUUCACCAAAUUUUGCCCAAAGAAAAAUGAUCAAAAGGAAUCCUAUGUCCCUCAAUGUAUCCUGGAAUAUCUACAGCCUUAAAUCACUUGUUAAAGAAGAGCCUUGUUUAACUGUUACAGAAGGAAUAUUCUUUCAGUAAGAACUAUGCAACUCCAACAUGACUGGAAACACUUAGGUCAUAUUUAGAUGGGCUGCAGUGUUGCUGAAAGCACUUGAAGAGUGGCAUCUGGAAAAGCAUUUGUUCAGAUACUCAUGAACAGCAUUACAGGGAUCACACCCAUGCUUAUAGCCUCCUGUCUAUAAACGUGCCAUAAGGCAGGGGUUAGCAGUCUUUAGAGACUUAAAUUUGAAUUUAAGAGAAUUUGGAUUAGAAUUAGAAUUUGGAGAAUGAAUGCACUCACAAAAUGGCUGUGAUAUUCCUAGAAACAAUGUAAAAGCUGAGGCAGGAUUUUUGUUUUAUUUUUUGUUUUUGUUUUCAAUAUGGAAACUAUUAUUUUUAUUUUAAAACAUUAAAUGUCAGGAGAGCUGGGCGAUUUGCUGUGUAUCCAGGGCAGUAUUUUUAUGGGAUGGAGAAAAAAGUAGUACAUUCUUUGAUUCAGUAACUUCCAUUUGUGCUGGGAAGCAACUUCUAGAAUUCUCAGCCACCAUGGUCUGUGAUUAUUCCAGGUUGGAGUUGGUUAUCAUGAAGAAGAUACAGGAUAUUAUGAUAAAACAAAUGCUUUGCAUGUAGAUGAAUCACAAAUUCCGUUUCUGGCUUCUUCAGUUAUAGAUAUGAGCUAACUAAUUACCAGAAACCUCUUCAUGAGAUCCUGCAGAUUGGCUGUAAUAACAAGCACCAGUAGUUGGUUCUUGUUUUUAGCAGCUUUUCACAAGCACGUAAAUGUAAGAUGAUACAGAGAACAUUGGCAACAGCCUUGGAGGACAAAAUGAAGAACCAUUACUAAGGCAGAGGUCAGAUAAGCAGGAGUUGAGCCCAUUCCAAGAAACUAAUUUGAGAAAUCAUCUCAGAUAGGCCCUUCCCUAGUUCACACAAAGAUAAAGGAAGGGAGGGGGAAGCACAUUCAGACUUACAACAUUCUGUUCUAUGCCAGCUACAAUAAAAGGAGUCCUGACCUACGUAGUAUUGGUUUCUUACUCCUCUUGAAGUUGUAAUAUGAACAAAGAAACAACACAGGUUUUACAGGAAAAGAAGUAUGUGAAGAAUUGAGAAAUAAUUGAGUAGUCUUAGCAACAUUUUUUUGUGAAAAACAUGGUAACAAAUUCAAGUCUAUAUUCCUGCCCACUGUGCCCCUGUAAUAGAAUAUUUACAAUUUGUACCAAAAACAUAUGAGAAUACCUAUCGUAAGAUAAGCUAUUUGUUCACAAUAUGGUCUAGAACAUUUUUGUAUAACAUUUUUGUAUAACAUUGUACAAGAGGUAACAACUAAAACCAUCCCUAAGAAAAAGAAAUGCAAGAAAGAAAAAUAGCUGUCUGAGGAACCUUUGCAAAUAGCUGAGGAAAGAAGGGAAGUGAAAGGCAAGAGACAAAAGAGAAAGAUACACCCAUCUGAAUACAGAAUUCCAGAGACUAGCUAGAAGAGAUAAGAAUGCCUUCUUAAAUGAACAGUGCAAAGAAAUAGAAGAAAACAAUAGAAUAGGGAGGACCUGAGAUCUCUUCAAGAAAAUUGGAGAUAUGAAGGGAAUGUUUCAUGCAAAGAUGGGAAUGAUAAAGAGCCAAAAUGGCAGGGACCUAACAGAGGCAGAAGAGAUUAAGAAGAGGUGGCAAAAUUAUACAGAAGAACUAUACAAGAAUGAAUUUAAUGUUCCUGAUAACGUUAAGUGGGUGAUCACUAACCUCGAGCCAGACAUCCUAGAAUGUGAAGUCAAAUGGGCCUUAGGAACUGAGGACCAACAAUGCUAGUGGAGAUAACAGUAUUCCAGCUGAGCUAUGCAAAAUCUUAAAAGACAAUACAGUAAAAGUGCUACACUUAAUUUGCCAGCAAAUUUGGAAAACUCAACAGUGGCCACAGGAUUGAAAAAGGUCAGUUUACAUUCCAAUUACACAGAAAGACAAUGCCAAAGAAUGUUCAAACUAUCACACCAUUGCACUCAUUUCACAUGAGUAGUAAAGUUAUGCUUAAAAUUCUACAAGCUAGGCUCCAGCGAUAUGUGGAUUGAGAACUACCAGAAGUACAGGAAGGAUUUCGAAGGGGCAGAGGAACUAGAGAUCAAAUUGCCAACAUACGCUGGAUCAUGGAGAAAGCUAGGGAGUUCCAGAAAAACAUCUGCUUCUGCUUCAUUGACUAUGCUAAAGCCUUUGAUUGUAUGGAUCACAACAAUUAUGGCAAGUUCUUAAAGAGAUGGGAGUACCAGACCAUUUUAUUUGUCUCUUGAGAAACCUAUAUGUGGGUCAAAAAGCAACAGUGAGAACUGGACACGGAACCACAGAUUGGUUCAAAAUUGGGAAAGGAGUCUUGCAAGGCUGUAUAACUGUCGCCCUGCCUAUUUAACUUAUAUGCAGACUACAUCAUGAGAAAGGUGGGGCUAGAUGAAUCAAAAGUUGGAAUUAAGAUUGUCGUGAGAAAUAUCAACAACCUCAGAUAGGCAGAUGAUACCACUCUAAUGAAAUGUGAAAU